ACAUUUUAUACACGUUUAAAUAAGAAAAGGAAUAAUUGAUUUUAUAAUUUGAAAAAAAGCUUAAUUGAUAUUUCGUUGUACGUGCAAUUAUGCUGAAUAUCUUAAAGUAAGUUGUAUUUGUUUUAUAGAUAUUUCAUUUGUUCAAUUAAAUAUAAUAAUAAUUAAAUCCAUCGGCAGGAGUCUGAGCACGAAUAAACAGAAAUUUAAUAAAUACAGCUCGCGAAAUUUUCGCCGUCGCGUCGUUCAAUAGAACAACGCGUGCGCUGUUCUCUUCCAUACAACUCAAUAGACACCCUUCUGAUAGUACUUCCACAGGGACGUCUUGCUUAACGGUGAGAGUCUAUUUUUUUUACUGUCAUUAUUGCGUGAUAUGUGUUUAUAAAUACGUAAUAUAAUGUAAAUCAUCAUUUUUAAAAUUCAUUUGCAUUAAUUUCUCAUUAAAUUAAAGAUAGUACGAAGAAAAAUAUUAAAUCUCAAAGUGUCUUUUAACGAAAGAAAUCAAAGGUAUACGUACAUACAUAUGUACGUGGUAUAAUAAUUGCUUAGAUGAAGGAUUUAGAUUUAAUAAUGAACAAUUCUGACUGUGCGUCGUGUACCUUGGAACCACCGCCUGACAUUCUCCACAUACCACCGCCACCGUUUCCAACUGUUCUUCAACAGGGUUCCGAUUUCUAUUUACAUGCAGAUUUGUUAUCAUUUCUACCACAUCUUAAUAAUAGCCCGUGCAAACACUUCUGCGAUCGGCGUUCCGAAGGGGUGCAAUACAUAGAAAUGCCUCAACAAGGUACGGUGUUCGAUGACACGUGGUUAUUGGUUUUAAUAUCAUCUUGUGUCGGUGUAAUUUUUAUAGGCAUAAUAUUAGCAACGUUGCUCUUGAAAUGCAAAUUUAAUAGAAGCGGUAAAAGCAGCGUGAUUUCCAUACCAAACGUAACAUCCGGCAUACAAACAAAAAUGGGAAGAAUUCAAAAUGAAGCUGUACUUUAUCCUUGCACGACUGAUGCUAUGCAAGAUAGUCGUGUUAUGUGGGCUACACUUACACCACGGGGUACUACAAGACACUAUUUAGAGGAACAUACAUAUGAAACAAUUGGCGGCGGACAAUUCCAUAAACGUGCCUGUUCAACCACACCAACUGAACAUGUAAAACUCAAGACUUACGCAGAUCCGCCGGUUGCUAUGCCAAUUCAGAAUCAGCUGAAGGACGACAAAGCAUUUGAUAACACUGCGUUUGUAGAUUAUGAAGAACCUUCCUUAAUAAAAAAUGAUUACUGUCAGCUUAAUGAUACUUUGGAUCCAAAUGAGUUAGGCAUGCAGAAAGGAACAUCGCGUCCCCGUGUCAGUUCACCAACGAGAAUUGAACAUCCAAAUUUACCACCACUUAAUCUUUACCCUCAUAAACAUUCUUUCCGCAAAAAUUCUGCUAUACCACAAGCUUCGGAUACACUAAUUAGAAAUAGUAUUACAUCAUCUACGUACAUUCCUACUAUAUAAAUUUCAUCAAUUUGAGUAUUUCAUCAUACUUAAGCGCUUAUAGCAUAAGUAACGUAACAGUAAGUUUUAUAUGCAUUACCUACUACGUAUUUAAUUAUUCUAAACGAUUUAUAAGUUAAAUAAAACAAGUUAAUUACAUACAUUUUUUUUUUUACUCAUAAACUAUAAAUAUAAUAAUGUGAUUACUGUUACCCAAACAAUAUGAUAUACACGUGUAAAAUUACAAAAUAUGUGUAUAAAAUGAAUAUUAUAAAAAAUGAUAAAACUGUUGUAUUUGGACAAAUCAUUUACCUACGUUAAAUUAUAAUUUUAUUUAUGUUAUAAUUAAUUUUGUAUUCCAUAUUAUGUAGAAACAAUUACUUGUCAUACAUAACAAUGUUUUAGUAAUAUAAAAUUUACAAUGUUUACAAAUAAAAUUUGAAGCGUUUAAAAUUGAAAAAUUAUUGAAUGUAUUAAAAUUAUAUUUCAUUUGUAUAUAAUUUACAAGCAAACCCUUACAGAACGUUUCAACACGUUCACUAUUUUAUUGUACAUGUUACAAUAAAUGUACAUACAUAUAUAUAGUUUCAAAUCCCUUUCAAAAUACCAACAGAUAAUUUGUCAACUUUUUCGAAAUAUCACAUUUCUUAAUUCUACUCGUUUGUAUGAAAAUUUCUAUAAAAUGUGAUUUUGCAAUGACAAACAUCUACAUUUAUUAGAUAACAUGUACUUAUCAUGAAACAUAUAGAUAUAUUUAUUUGUAUAGCUAAAUAUACUUAAUUAACUUAAUAAAAUAUUCGUUCAUUUGAAGUAUUUAAACGAAACAAUUAUUAUAGUAGACUUUAUUCGUUACUAAUUGUUCUUUUCAGAUGGAUUUGUAUGAAAAAAGUAAAUAAAAAAUAUAUCUGUUUUUAAGACAAAGUGCGUUUUGAAAAAUGUUUCUCUUUUUCUUCUUAACAAGUUAGUGCUGGUUA